UCUGGGAUUGGAUUAAAAAGUGAAAGGGAAAGACACAUGCUUCUUUUACAUUGUGGGUACAAGAUAGGUCAUAACGUGUAGCAUUUGAGAUGGUAUUAGGGGAACAAGACAUCAAUGAGGGUUUCUGGGGUCUCUGCUCUGGUGCCCCAGUUGUGCCCUGAGAGAUCUGGAAAGGAGAUUACUCUGACAUUACAAAGGUAUUUUAUCUUAGAUGCAAAAAGACAGUAGACAGGUUCACUUAAGGUAAAGAUUGACCUUUGUCAAGAAAGCUAUGGGCCUAGGACGUGACUACCUUCCAUGACUCGCUUUUAGUUAGGAAUUUUUGUGUUCAGACCAUCCUAUGGUUACUUUCAGUCUUUUGAGUUUUUAAGGCCCUGCCAUACAGGCCUCUGAAUUUGUCAGGUGCAGUGUGUGGCCCUUUUUUCAUCCACACCUUGAGGCAUUUACAGGCUUAGAGCUUGGUUUGCUUACACAGGGCAUCACAGCAUUAGAGCCACAUUGGUCUAAUGGCCUCCUUGUUUAAUUAAACACAAUGUAGGGACUCAUUGUAGAAGGUUUUCAAAAGCUACAUGCAUUGGGGCUCAGUAAAGCCUUUCUUUUUCCUUUUUUUAAAACACUUUAACUGUGUCCAUUACCAUAUGAUCACAUUUUCUACCAACAAGCUUUUCAUACAUUUGAGUCCAAAUGAGGUCAUUUUUAAGAGUCAACAGUCACGAGUGGGAGAGUUUCUAGCAAAGUAUCCUAGGCCUCUUUCAGAUCUGAUCUACUGAAUGGUUUUUAUUCAUGGCUUUAUGUACCCUUUACAGCCCUCCUCUCCCCAAGGAGUGCAAGGCAAAUCAAUCAGGAAAAUCAAAGGUUCCUUUUAGUAAAACUAAUCACAAUUGACAUUAAUUAUGCUCAAUUUUAUAAUAAUUCAUUUUUAUAAAUAUUAUUUAAUCAUCACAAUAACCCUAUGGAUUAAAUGCUCCUGUAAUCCUUACUUUAACAGAUGAAGAAACAGACACAGGGAGGUUAAGUAACCUACCCAAUAUUACACAGUUAAUAUAAGCAAAGCCAUAAUUAGAACCCAGAAAGGGUAUCUGUAAAGCUCAUGCUCUCCACAACCCCAAUGAGAACCCUUGACUGGUGGGAAACCACUGGGCGCUGUCACUUCCCUCUGAGUCAUAAAACUAUCAGAGAAAUUGAAGGGUUGCUUUCCUAUUAGGGAAAAUUGGAGAUACACUAGCGGGAGCUAAAGAACUGAUCUGCUGUGGGAGAAAGGAGAGAAAAAUAAAAUGCCUGAAAAAGAGGACAGAAAAGUGAACAUCUGCCUGGGAAAGAUAAACCUUGUUUGGGCUUCAGCACCAACUCAGACCAUGUGGACCGCGGAUGAGAUUGCACGUCUGUGUUAUGAGCACUAUGAGAUCAGGCUGCCCAAGCAGGGGAAGCCGGAACCCAACCGCGAGUGGACAUUACUAGCAGCUGUGGUGAAGAUACAGCCUAUAUCGGAGCAGUCCUGUGACUGCCCUGACAAACCCAUGCAAGUGACAAAGGAAGUUGUCUCAAUGGGAACAGGAACGAAAUGCAUAGGCCAGUCCAAAAUGAGGAAAAGUGGAGACAUCCUCAAUGAUAGCCAUGCUGAAGUCAUAGCCAGAAGAAGUUUCCAAAGGUACCUUCUCCAUCAGCUCCACUUGGCAGCCACACUGAAGCAGGAUAGCAUCUUUGUCCCAGGAACUCAGAAGGGACUGUGGAAACUCAGACCAGACCUCUUGUUUGUGUUUUUCUCCAGCCAUACGCCCUGUGGGGAUGCCUCCAUCAUUCCAAUGCUUGAGUUUGAAGAUCAGCCUUGCUGUCCAGUCAGUAGAGAUUGGGCCAAUAACCCAACAGUAGAAGCAAGUGGUAACAUCGAAGCUACUGAAGAUAAAAGGAAAUGUAAAGACCCGGACAGUCCUAUGACCAAAAAGAUGAGACUCGAGCCCAGGAUUCCUGCCAAAGAAGUCGCCAAUGGUGCCGCUCACCAUCAGAGUUUUGGCAGUCAGGAAAGUGGCCCAAUCCCACCAGAUGUUAGCAACACUAAUCUCCCCUCAAAGAGUCAGGCUGCUGUUGGUGGAAUGGCCCCCGGUGGUGCCAAGGUCGUGGAUGUUUAUAGAACUGGAGCCAAGUGUGUGCCUGGAGAAGCUGGAGACUCGGGGAAGCCUGGUGCUGCGUAUCACCAGGUGGGACUGUUCCGAGUGAAGCCGGGCCGGGGGGACAGGACUUGCUCCAUGUCCUGCAGUGACAAGUUGGCACGAUGGAAUGUCCUCGGAUGUCAAGGAGCAUUGUUGAUGCAUUUUCUAGAAGAGCCUAUCUAUCUGUCAGCUGUGGUCAUUGGAAAGUGUCCAUACAGCCAGGAAGCCAUGCAGAGAGCACUGACUGGGAGGUGUCAGAAUAUCUUGGCUUUACCCAAGGGCUUUGGAAUUCAAGAAGUGAAACUACAGCAGUCAACUUUAUUGUUUGAACAGAGCCGCUGUGCAGUACAGGCAAAAAGGGCUGACGGCCCAGGCCGACUUGUUCCUUGUGGAGCAGCCAUCAGCUGGAGUGCAGUUCCUGAGCAGCCAUUGGACGUCACUGCCAAUGGCUUUCCACAGGGAACAACAAAGAAAGGAAUCAGAAGCCUUCAGGCCAGAUCUCGAAUCAGCAAAGUGGAACUCUUUAGAUCAUUCCAGAAACUGCUAAGCAGUAUUUCAGAGGACAAGUGGCCCGACUCCCUCAGGGUGCGGAAGCUAGAGACGUACCAGGAGUUCAAAGAGGCCGCAUCUGCUUACCAGGAAGCCUGGAAUGUGCUCCAGAAACAGGCAUUUGCAUCCUGGAUCAGAAACCCCCCAGAUUAUCACCAGUUUAAAUGAGAAGGGAAAGUUCGCAGAGGACUUACCGGUAACAAGGAAAGUGUCUUGAUUGAGAAAAGGCACCAGCAGAAAGUCACUCCAAGCGGGGAGCCAAGCUGCCAAAUGUUAGUCUCAAGCACAUGCUCCUUGAACUUGGGCAUGGCUCCAGAGGGAGGAGAGCUCACAAUGGAAACAGUGAUGGCUGUUUGCUCAGGCAGCCGAGAGAAUGAAAAGCACAUUGAAACCUGCAGUGUCUCCAUGGGGAGAGGCACGGUGGGCCCCAUGGUGGUGAAACCAGCCUGACAACAGCAGGAUAACGGAGCCCAUUUCCAGCAUCUUUCUUCAUCUCAACAACAAGACCUUUAUGUGCAACCUCUCAGGAGAUCUCUGAGAAAUUGUACUGAGGGCAACCCGAGCUUUGCCCAAGAAUAGAUGUACACAGUCUAGUUCAGUCAUUUUCGUUGAAUUAGAUUCUGAUAAUCGAGAAAAAGAAAGAGCUCUUCUCAAUGUAUAUAUUCCACUGCCCACCCAGGAUUUCAUCAAUUUCUUUUUCUGUUGUUGGCACUUGUGAACUGUGCUGGCCUCCAGUGAGUGCCUUUUUCAGCGGGUAUUUUCAUGCUGUACUUUUUCCCCUCAUUUAUCCAGUGCCAUCGUGAAUUCUCUUCUAUCCUAGCACAGCAGUACCUGCUGGGCUGAGAAAGAAGGCCUCGGGGGCAGCACAGUCCCCACCAGCUCCGGACAAGUGUUCACUCACCUGUGCUGAUGCAGGCGGACCGUGCAGCCCGGCUCUAUACCUCUUUCGUGAAAGAUGAGGGCUAAUGUGGGUUAAUAUUUGCUUGCAUAUAAUUUAAAGGAAUUCUGCUCUAAAAUAAAGGAUGGCACAUAAACUCUGUGGUACAAAGGUUACAAACCCAAAUAUUUCCAGGAGGGAAACUUAAAAGAGAUAGCGUGAACUGAGAAAUGUAUUCCUUAUCCAGUGAAGAACAUUAUUUUGUUCCAGCUGACUGUUGUCAGAACUUCUGAAUUUUUUCAGAAGCAAGAAAAUUGGAUCAUUUUGUGUAUGUCUAGGGGCCGAAUAGACCUUCCUUUCGGAAUCUCCGGUCUAGCAGGACAAGGAUGGCUUUAGGCUGUAGAUCUGAGUUUGAACUGUGGCUCCAGGAUGUACUGGUUGUGUGAUCUUAGGGAGAUAUUCUCAGAGUGUCAGUAUCCUCACCUUUGAAAUGAGGGCAACACCACCCCCUGGCAAUGGUGUCAUGGGGAUGAGAUGAGAUAAUUACCACAUAGGUAGGAGAAGGGCUGCCUACCACAUGUACAGUGCCUGGCACAUAGGAAACACCAGCCUCGGUCUGCCACUUCAGCUCAUAAGUGACUCUUUACAAUUUUGCUAGUCUCGAUUUCCAGCGCUUUAGCUAGUAAACGUGACAGAUUGUCCUUGGGAGAAGCCUAUCGGGCAAAUGUCUGCAGAGCCUCUUGCUGCGCACCAGGCAUUUGUAGGUUCAUUUGAUGCACCUCUCCGCCCCACGUCUGGAAGCAGCAGCCUAUCUUCAGAAGCUAAGGAGGCAGGGAAGCAAAGCUGUUGAUCACAGAAGUAUAUAUAGAUCCUCCUACCUAACUCAUGGCUUUGCCGCCCUAAAGUCAACCACCAGGAUCUCUUUCUCCCUGAGAAAAUAAAGAUGAAAAGGAGAACCAAUUGCGAUUUUUAAAGUGUUCUACCAUUCAGUCUAAUAUAGAUUAAGUCUUUUGAGAAUAAGAACAUUUAUAUAUCCUCAGACUGGUACCCUAGUGCACACACCUUCCACGUGCCUUCCAUGUGGCCACGGUGUUUCAGCCACUGCUGCAGAACUGAGAUGUGUUAGCACUCGUUAAGUAGGCUCUCAGCUCCGGGGGGACCCUCAGAUAUCCAGUCAGAUACCGUCUAAACACCAUCACUAUGCCAGGUUUUGUGCUGUGCACCUGAGAAAGAGGAUGACUGAUCGGAAAGGUGGGCCACGGCCUUCACAGCGGACUGGCGCAGUGUGACAGAGGCUGAAUACCCGACCUGGAGGAGGGCGGGGCACAGGAAGAUUUCUUGGGCCCAGGUACACUUGAGCACAGAGGCAAAGGGGAAGGAUUAGGAGUUAGCAAGCAAAGGGAAAUGGGGGUGUAUGUGGGGACUGUUUUGAGAGAAAGAUAUUGGAGGCAGAGAAUCCCUCCCAUAUGCAAAGACCAGAAAUGAAAGCAUGCCAUGCUUGGCUGGACUGGCAGGGCAUGGGAGGGACAUGCCCUGCAAAGGAGAAUAGUCUUAUCCUGAUGACUGAGGACUUGAGGGAUUUGGGGAAAUGGGUAUUGGGAUGGAAGUUGCAUUUUAGAAAGAGCGCUCUCCUCUGUAGCAAGGGGGAUGGAUUGGCAGGGGCAGGGAUGGUGGCAAGGAGACCACAGUGGGGGAUUGCCGUAGUAAUUAGAGAAACGAUGAGGCCCACCCAGACAGCAGCGGUUUUCGGAGACAUAGGAAGGGGACUGACUUGAGAAAUACACAGAGGCUGGUGAGGCUGGCUGAUUGCAGGUAGGGGAUGAGGGAGUAUUGAGAGGGCUCCCAGAUUACUGUGUAGGCGACAGGAUGGAAUGCGGAGCCAAGUAUUAGGAAAGGGGGUCCAGGAAGAGGAGCUGGUCUGGCGGGGGCAGGGCAGGAGAUGCAGGCAGGGGACGAUGAGCUGUUUCAGAAUUUGGGAUUUCUGUGAUAUCUUGGGAUAAGGACCUAGAGUAGGCAUUUGGAGGGACUGGUUUGGGGCUCAGGAGAGAAAUGGGCUGGAGAUAGAGAUUUUAGAGUCAUCUAUUAUAGGAGGUCUUUGACGACGGGGGUUAGGAUAAGUCAUCCAGAGAGAAUGUGUUUAGAAUGAGAAGAAAAGGGGACCCUGGACUGAAUUCUGGGGAACACAGAGUUUGGGAGCAGGUAGAGAGGCACAGGAAGGAGUGUGACCAAGAGGCCAGAAGAAAAUCGGGAGAAAACCAGUUUUAGGAGCUUUAAAGGAGAGAGUAAUCUAAAGUGUAGACUAUGCUAAAAGGAUAAAAUAAAGUGUAGAAUAUACUAAAAGAAAGAGAAACAAGGAAAGUAAGAACUAAGAACCUUGUAACCCCCACCCCUGCUCCCUUACAGGGGGACAAGGUUAUUUUUGGUAACCUCAGCAAACAGCAGGGUCACAGAGUGGAAGCCAGGCUCUCCAGGGCUGAGGAGUGAAGGGAAGUGAGAGAUGGGCCACAUAAUCUUGGGACCAUUGUUCUCUUGGGUUGUUUGCCUUAUUAAUUGGAAAAAUUCUUUAUUCUGGAUAUUAACUUUUUUUAUUUAUAUCUGUUACAAACAUCUUCACCUAAUCUCUGGCUUCUAUUAAUUUUGUUUACAGUACCUUUUUUUAAAUAAAAUCUUUAUACUUUAAGAUUUUUAAUUUUAACGUAUUUAAAUUUAUCAAUCUUUUCCUUUAUUGUUUGUAUUUUUAUGUCUUGUCUAAGAACUCCCUCUGUACUCCAAGGUUAUAGGUGUUCUAAUUUUUUCUAAUUUUUUUUUAAGUUUUGCUUUUCCACAUUUAGAUCUUUUAUUCACCUUGAAUUUAAUUUUAGGCAGGAUGUAAUAUAGGAAUCUUAUUUUUUUCACACAUAUAUAUAUAACCAAUUACAGAAUCAUGGAUUAACUAGUUCAUCAUUUCCCUUUGAUUUUCAUGCCAUCACUGUUACAUUUUAAACAUGAGUCUGUUUCUGGAUUUCUGUUGUGUUUCCUGGUUUAUCUCUAUGCCAUAUGGCACAGUCUUAAUAACUGCUAAGAUAAGUCUCCCCAGAUUGUUUUUCUUUACACCUCUUGGUUAUUCUUGGCCUUUUGCUCUUCUAGAUGAAUUUGAGCAUCAAUUGUCAGAUUCCACAAAACAACAACAAAAAAACCCAAUUGGGAUUUUUAUUGGAUUGCGUUAAAUUUAUAGGUUAAUCUGGGGACAAUAUGCAUCUCUAUAAUAUUGGGUGUUCUUAUCCUUGAAUAUGGCAUAUUAGUAUAUCCUUUUAUUUAGGUCUCUAUGUUCUCCAAUAAGGUUUUGUCAUUUUCUCUAUGAAGGUCUUGCAUAUCUUAUAUUUAUUCCUAUGUGCUUAUUUUUUUUCUCCUAUUGAGAAUGAGACCUUUUUUCCUAUUGCAUUCUUCAAUUGGUUGUAAUUGGUAUGUAGAAACAUCAAUAUUUGUAACCAAUCUAGUCUCCAGCAACCAUCUGAACUUUUAAUUUUUAUAGAUAUUUUUGGAUUUUUCUAUGUGGACUAUCACUGUCUGCAUAUUAAUAGUUUAGUCUUUCUAAUUUUUAUGCUUCUCAUUUACUUUUUCUUAUUGUAUUGAUUUUAUGCCAGGAGAAUGUUGAGUAAAAGCUGUGCUAAACUUUUUUUUAAACAGCUUUAUUGAGAUAAAAUUCACAUACCAUAAAGUUCAGACUUCCUUCUUUAGUUCCUGUUUUUAAUGGGAAUGCCUCUAAAAUUUUACCAUAUUAAGUAACCAGUUGUUACAGUAGCAUUUAUAUCUAUUGACUGGUUCAUCAUUUCCUUGAUUUGUCAUGCGACCUGUCCGAUUUCACAUACACAUCUAUUUCAUGGAUUUGUCUAUCCCAAUGUCAGUACCACACUGCCUUAUUUAUCAUAGCUUUAUGUGAUAAUAUACACAUUUGCUAUAGAUUUUUUAUGAAUUCCCUUUGUCAAGUUAAAGUUCCAUUCUCUUAAUUUGCUAAGAGGUUUUUUAAAAUGAAUGGGUUUUGAGUAGUUUCAGGUGCUUUUUCAUCUAUGAGGUGAUAAUAUAUUCUCUUUUGAUAAUUGUGUAUAUUUUAUUAAUAGACAUUAAUGAUGAACUAUAUAAUCCAUUGUUGGGCUAAGUUCUGCUUGGUCAUGAUAGUUUAAGUAUAUGGCUGAAUUUUAUUUACUAAUAUAACUUUUAAAAACCUUCACUCCGAUGCUGCACUUUAAAGGCAAGACCGACAAAUCCAUUUUUAUUAAUUGAUAUUACAAUUGGACUUUCUUCAGUUUUUAUAGGUAAUAAUUACUCUCUGUUUUCCAAUAAUACUUUCUACUAUAGCACUUAAAACAUGGCUUUAUAAUUCUCUGUGUUGGUUUACUACCAGACCGUAAGCUCCUGCAGGAUGGGGUAGCUUUAUUCAUAUUUGUGCCUCAGCGUCCAACAUAGUAUAAGGCACACUGUAAAUAGAAAAAUCAAACAUCACAAAAUUAUUUGACACUGCCAACUAUGUCUUUCCUUUUAAAUCUCAAGGUUGGUGUCUCGGUUCUGCCACUUGGUAGCAGUGUGGCUGUGGGAAUUACACCACCUAUCUUAUGAGGGGUUUUUGAAGAUUGUGAUAAUGUAUGUAAAUCAUGGUACCCAGUGCAUGCUCAAUAAAUGCUAACUAUAAAUUACUUAAAAAAAGAAAAGAAAAACAGUUGGCUUCAGUGAUACUUGCCUUUUGAUUUUCGUCUUCCCUAUUCUCAGUUGCAUUUAUGGGUUUGUGGUUGUGAAACAAAGCAAAACCCCUUUGGAAAGCUAUCCCUCCUCCAUGUCUGUAUAACCCUAUUCCGUUCACAUGGUUAAGGAGGGGUUCACCAGUCCUUCCCACCAGCCUCUGCCCCAUGCAGCGGGCUGUUAACUCAGGCAAAGCCAGAUUCCUCCCAGGGACUUCUGAUAGUGUUCUCAGAAGCAAUGCUCUUCCUUCUGCUGGAGCUGCUAAGCUGGUAUGGUCAUCUUUGUUAUCACAUGCCUGAGAAUGAAGUUAACGCAGAGGGAAACAAAACAAAGAGAUGGAAAGAGAUUUGAUAUUCUCAGCUGAUCUCUGGUUUGAGCUAUACCUGAAGCCAGUGAACCAUCUCUAUUUGAUAGUUGAAAUAAGAAAUUGCCUUUUUAGAGCUUGAGCCAGUUGGAGUUGGGUGUCUAUCACUGCAAACAAGAUUCCUUAUAACACAGAACAUGUUCCUUCUCAUCACCUUGCUCACUCAUAGGCCAGUUUAUACCUGCUUCUCAUUUGAAACUAUCAGCAAAGAGGCCUACAGUUCUUAUUGGGUCAAGUUUAGGAAAGAUCGACAAGAUGCUUAUGACAAGAAUGUUUCCUCUGGUCCCAAUUGCGAAUUUGACAUCAUUAAAGAGCUCUGACGAGUUGCUUAUAUAAUUUGGUAAAGAUGAAGCUAAAGAUCUUUCUUCCCCAGUGGUAUUUUGACAGUCAUUUUAACUACAUGUUCUUGGAUCGCGGAGUGAUACCUCAUUUCUUUAUUCUAAUGAUGUAUGUAGGGCUCUAGCCUCCAACAUAAUCCAGCUGAGGAAGAUUUAGGAAAGUAAGCUUUUCCUCUCAGAUGCAUUUGUGUGCUGGCAAGCCUACAUAUCUAUACUAAUUUAUGAGAAAUCAUGAAACCAAUGAGCCUGGAAAAAUAAGUGACAAUGAUAUAUCCACACAGUGUAGUACUGUUUGCUGUAAAAAUGAGUGAAAAGGCUAUGGACUGAUAUGGAAAGCUCACCGGGAUAUACUUUUAAGUGAAAAAAGCAAUAUACAUAAGUAUAUGUUUCGUGUAAGAAAAAGAAAAUAAGGACAUAUAUUCAUAUUGAAUUGUACUUUCAAAAAUAAAGGUUAAAAAGAAACAAGAAGCCAGUAAGAGCCGUUUCCCAUAAGGCAGAGGGUUAGGGUAGUGAGAAGAC